AUGCCGUCGCGAUCGCCCUCUGCAUCGCGCAGCCGCUCGCGCGGUCGUUCCCGCACGCGUUCGCCGUCGCCCGCCCAGUCGCGCUCUCCGCGCCGCUCCAUCACACCGCGUUCAGCUUCGCGCUCGCGCUCCCCAAGCCGCACCCCGACCCCGCGCAGCGACCGGUACAGCAGACGUAAUGGCCGGGACCGCAGCUACAGUCGCAGCCCCUCCAGGACCCCGACGCCCGACCGUGCCGCGAGGCGGUAUAGCAGGCGCAGCUACAGCCGGAGCCCGAGUCGCGACAGCAGGGCCAGCAGGGACAGGUCGCCACCGCGGAGCUCAAAGAUCGUCGUCGAGAAGCUCACAAAGAACGUCAAUGAAGACCACUUGCGCGAGAUCUUCGGCACCUACGGCCAGAUACAGGACUUGGACAUGCCCAUCAACCGCCAAUUCAUGACGAACCGCGGCACCGCAUACAUCAUGUACGCAGAACCCGCCGCCGCCGAGGCCGCCAUCGCACACAUGCACGAGGCACAGCUCGACGGCGCUGUCCUCACCGUCUCCAUCGUCUUGCCGCGCCGCCGCUUCUCUCCAGGCCGCUCGCCUCCUCCCGCCCGUCGCCCGCCUCCCCCGUCCUACAAUGACCGUUUUGACGGCCCACCGCCACGCGCCCCACCACCAGGCGGCAAUUACGGCCGUGGCCCUCCGCCGGGAGGCCCUUACCCUGGCGGUCCCUCUGGACGUUAUCGCUCCCCGCCGAUGGGCCGUCGCGGUAGGUCGCCUCCACCACCCCGUGGCUAUGGUGGUGCCGGUGCUGGACGUGGCGGUGGCCGCGGCGACUACUCCUACAGACCCAGGUCGUACUCGAGAUCACGGAGCCCACGCAGAAGCAGGAGUCGGUCGUAUUCUUCCCGCUCGUUGUCGAGGAGCCCACCGCCAAGGAGAGGCGGCGGUGGCGGUGCCGCCGGCGGCGCUGGUAUCAGGGGAGGAGGGCCUUACAGGGAUAGCCCUCCGCCGCCUAGAGGUGGAGGCGGGAGCGGCUCUGGCGGGCGUAGAAGGAGAAGCCCAAGCUACAGUAGCUACAGCAGCUACAGCGAGAGGAGUAGGAGUAGGAGCAGGGGACGGGAUAGGCGUUAA